AUGGUGUUGCAGACUCUUCGAGAACAUAAGUUGUAUGUGAAGUUGUCAAAGUGUGAAUUUUGGUUGGAGAAGGUGUCUUUUUUAGGUCACUUCGUGUCUAAGGAGGGUGUUUCGAUAGAUCCAGCAAAGAUAGAGGCGAAAAGAUUAACUACAGCCCCUGUUCUUACUUUGCCUGACCCUAUGUCGGAUUAUACGGUUUACAGUGAUGCGUCAAAGAAGGGUUUAGGAUGUGUGCUGAUGCAAGAUCAUAAAGUGAUCACGUAUGCUUCACGACAAUUGAAGACACACGAGUGCAGAAUCUUCACUGAUCAUCAGAGUUUGAAAUAUCUUUACACCCAGAGUGACCUGAACAUGCGACAGCGCCGGUGGUUGGAAUUGAUGACCGAUUAUGAUUUGGAGUUCGUUUAUCAUGAGGGGCGAGCUAAUUUGGUUGCAGAUGCCUUAAGCCGAAAAUCUAGUCAUACGCUGGCUGCUUUGGGGGAAGUCGAGGAGUUAAGUCGAGAACUUGCCAAAUUGAAGUUGGAGGUCAUUCGGGAAGGCAAAUUGCAACAUUCCUUGAGCGCGUUGGCUAUACAACUCUCGUUUUUCGAGGAAAUUCUGAAUUCACAAGAUAAGGAUCCUAAACUUGUGAAGAUAAAGGAUCAAGCUCGUGAGAGAAAAGCGGAGGGAUUUUUCGUUCAUGAGGAUGGAAGUUUGAGGUUCAAAGGUCGAUGGUGUUUGCCGACGGGAGAACCGACCUUGAAGAAACGUAUCUUGGAUGAAGCUUAUACGUCGAAAUUCUCCGUUCACCCUUGGGGUGAUAAGAUAAGGUUAAGAGCGAGCAUAGACGACCGAGUGGUUUGCUUCAACCCUUGGAGAUACUGGUGUGGAAGUGGGAUGAUAUAUCAAUGGACUUUAUUGUGGGGCUGCCUCGAACGCUGUCGGUUGGCUCGUGCUUAUAUCAAGUAUGUUGUACGAUUUCAUGGGGUACCCCGUACAAUUGUGUCAGAUAGGGAUACUCAUUAUCUAACACAUUUCUGGAAGACUUUACAACAGGCCAUGGGGACUACACUAUUGCAUAGUACGUCUUUUCACCCGCAAACUGAUGGACAAACGGAGAGGACAAAUAAGAUUUUAGAGGACAUGUUACGCGCUAUUGCCAUAGAAUGGCAAGGGUCGUGGGAUGAGCAUUUAGAUCUGGUAGAGUUUUCUUAUAACAAUAGCUAUCAGGAAACAAUCCAGAUGGCUUCAUUUGAAGCUUUGGAUAGGAUGAAGGCGGCACAGGAUCGUCAAAAGUCUUAUGCCAAUUUGAAACGAUGUCCAGAAGAGUUUGAAGUAGGGGAACAAGUAUUGUUAAGGGUAUCGCUGAUGCUUGGGGUGGUUCGUUUUGGUACUUGUGGAAAAUUAAGUCCUCGGUUCAUUGGCCCUUAUGAAAUUUUGGAACGAGUGGGUAAGCUGGCCUAUCGAUUAACCCUCCCCAACUCUUUGGAGAAAGUUCAUGAUGUGUUCCAUGUCUCCCAACUAAAAAGAUACCUUGCUGCGGCAUCGCAUGUUUUGGAUCUUGAGACCGUGGAGCUUGAUGAGACUUUAUCUUAUACAGAACAACCUGUUCGCAUCCUAGAUACAAAAGUCCGUAGUACUCGCUGA